UGCCGAGACACUCCUGGGGGGCCAAGCAGAUAACGGGGUCCGGGCGUCUGGUGUGUGAACACCCCAGGUCUAUUCUGGAUAGCAGGUUUUGUGAAGACAUUUAUUCUUUCUUGGACCUCAGAUUUCCCAGACAUCUCAUGGGUUUGUGGAUGCACUUAGAUGUUUGCAAUGAGCACUGUGGCUGGCAUGCCCCAGUGUUUUGGAUACCAAUGCAUAGGACUCCAUAGUAAUCGAAUUUACCAGAGGCGAACGUCAUGAGCAUAGUGAUCCCUUUGGGGGGUGAUAAAGCAGAAGCAUCAUACUUGGAAAUGGCUGCAGGCUCAGAACCAGAAUCUGUAGAAGCUAGCCCUGUGGUAGUUGAGAAAUCCAACAGUUAUCCCCACCAGUUAUAUACCAGCAGCUCACAUCAUUCACACAGUUACAUUGGUUUGCCCUAUGCGGACCAUAAUUAUGGUGCUCGUCCUCCUCCAACACCUCCAGCUUCCCCUCCUCCAUCAGUUCUUAUUAGCAAGAAUGAAGUAGGCAUAUUUACCACUCCUAAUUUUGAUGAAACUUCCAGUGCUACUACAAUCAGCACAUCUGAGGAUGGAAGUUAUGGUACUGAUGUAACCAGGUGCAUAUGUGGUUUUACACAUGAUGAUGGAUACAUGAUCUGUUGUGACAAAUGCAGUGUCUGGCAACAUAUCGACUGCAUGGGGAUCGACAGGCAGCAUAUUCCUGAUACAUAUCUAUGUGAACGUUGUCAGCCUAGGAGUCUGGAUAAAGAAAGGGCAGUGCUCCUACAGCGCCGGAAAAGGGAAAGUAUGUCAGAUGGUGAUACCAGUGCAACUGAGAGUGGUGAUGAAGUCCCUGUGGGCUUGUAUACUGCAUUUCAGCACACUCCAACCUCCAUUACCUUAACUGCUUCCAGAGUGUCCAAGGUCAACGAUAAAAGAAGGAGAAAAAGUGGGGAGAAAGAGCAAAACAUUUCAAAAUGUAAAAAGGCUUUUCGUGAAGGAUCUAGAAAGUCAUCAAGAGUUAAGGGUUCAGCACCAGAAAUUGAUCCUUCAUCUGAUGGUUCAAAUUUUGGAUGGGAGACAAAAAUCAAAGCAUGGAUGGAUCGAUAUGAAGAAGCAAAUAAUAACCAGUAUAGUGAGGGUAUUCAGAGGGAGGCACAAAGAAUAGCUCUGAGAUUAGGCAAUGCAAGUGACAAAAAAGACAUGAAUAAAGCAGAAUUGAAUAUCAACAAUUUACUCUUCAAACCUCCUGUAGAGAGCCAUAUACAAAAGAAUAAGAAAAUUCUGAAAUCUGCCAAAGAUCUGCCUCCUGAUGCUCUUAUUAUUGAAUAUAGAGGGAAGUUUAUGCUGAGAGAACAGUUCGAAGCAAAUGGGUAUUUUUUUAAAAGACCAUAUCCUUUUGUUUUAUUCUAUUCUAAAUUUCAUGGGCUAGAAAUGUGUGUUGAUGCAAGAACUUUUGGGAAUGAGGCUCGGUUCAUCAGGCGUUCUUGUUCACCCAAUGCAGAGGUGAGGCAUGAAAUUGAAGAGGGAACCAUACAUCUUUAUAUUUAUUCUAUCCAGAGUAUUCCAAAGGGCACUGAAAUUACCAUUGCCUUUGAUUUUGACUAUGGAAAUUGUAAGUACAAGGUGGAUUGUGCAUGCCUUAAGGAAAAUCCAGAGUGCCCUGUUCUGAAACGUAGUUCUGAAUCCACGGAAAACAUCAAUAGUGGUUAUGAGACUAGAAGGAAGAAAGGAAGAAAAGAUAAAGAUAUUUCAAAGGAAAAAGAUACACAAAAUCAGAAUAUGACUUUGGAUUCUGAAGGAACAACCAACAAAAUAAAGAGCUCAGAAACGAAGCAGAGAAAACUUUCUCCACUGAGAUUAUCAGUAUCAAACAAUCAGGAACCAGAUUUUAUUGAUGAUAUAGAAGAAAAAACUGCUAUUAGCAAUGAAGUAGAAAUGGAGUCAGAGGAGCAGAUUGCAGAAAGAAAAAGGAAGAUGACAAGAGAAGAAAGGAAAAUGGAAGCAAUUUUGCAAGCUUUUGCCAGACUUGAGAAAAGAGAGAAGAGACGAGAACAAGCUUUGGAAAGGAUCAGCACAGCCAAAACAGAAGUUAAAGCUGAAUGUAAAGACUCACAGACUGCCAGUGAUGCUGAGGUUAUUCAGGAACAAGCAAAAGAAGAAACCGCUAACAAGCCUGCCCCUGCCAGAGUAAACAGAGCUAAACAGAGGAAAAGCUUCUCUCGCAGUAGGACUCACAUCGGACAGCAGCGCCGGAGACACAGAACGGUCAGCAUGUGCUCCGACAUCCAGCCUUCCUCGCCCGAUGUUGAGGUCACAGCACAGCAAAACGAGAUAGAAAACACUGUGCUAGUCAUAGAGCCAGAAACGGAAACUGCAGUGGCGGAAAUAAUCCCUGAGGCUGAAGUUCCAGCACUUAAUAAAUGUCCUCCGAAGUACCCCAAAACAAAGAAGCACUUGGUCAGUGAAUGGUUAAGUGAGAAGAAUGAGAAGACAGGAAAACCUUCAGACAGCCUUUCUGAAAGGCCGCUGCGCAUAACUACAGAUCCAGAAGUGUUAGCUACACAGCUCAAUUCUCUGCCCGGUCUCACCUACAGUCCUCACGUGUACUCUACUCCUAAGCAUUAUAUUAGGUUUACAUCACCAUUCCUUUCAGAAAAAAGGAGAAGGAAAGAACCUACUGACAAUGCUUCUGGCUCAUGCAAAAAGCGAUGGUUGAAACAGGCUCUGGAAGAAGAAAAUUCAGCAAUUUUACAUAGAUUUAACUCGCCUUGUCAAGAAAGAUCCAGAAGUCCUAUAGUCGAUGGGGAAAAUAAAAGCCCACUACUAUUUAAUGAUAGUUGUUCCCUUCCAGAUUUAACUACACCACUAAAAAAACGAAGACUUUAUCAAUUGCUAGAUUCUGUUUACUCAGAAAGCUCCACACCUACUCCUUCACCGUAUGCCACACCAACUCAUGCAGACAUUACUCCUACGGACCCGGCAUUUGCCACUCCUCCACGGGUAAAAUCAGACGAUGAGACCUGUAGAAAUGGUUACAAACCCAUAUAUUCACCAGUCACCCCGGUAACACCGGGCACACCAGGAAACACCAUGCACUUUGAGAAUAUUUCUUCCCCAGAAAGUUCUCCAGAAAUAAAGAGACGCACUUACAGUCAAGAGGGAUAUGACAGAUCUUCAACCCUGUUAACAUUGGGGCCUUUCAGAAAUUCCAGUUUAACUGAGCUGGGUCUGCAAGAAAUAAAGACUAUUGGUUACGCCAGCCCUAGGAGUAGGACCGAGGCCGGCAGGCCGGGCAUGGGCGAGAAGGAGCCGGCGUCGGAUCUGCACCUGGGCCUGGACGCGGUGGAGCCGGCCGCCUUGCUCCAAGCCCUGGAGGCGCCUGCCCACGACAGGCCCGAGCCGGCCGCGCUGUACCCGUCCUGGGUGAAGUCUCCCGACAGAGCCGGUGUCUUCUCCGUCAACUCCAACCUCAGGGACCUGACGCCCUCGCACCAGCUGGAGGUUGGAGGCGGCUUCCGAGUAAGUGAGUCCAAGUGCCUGAUGCAGGACGACGCCAGAGCCGCGUUCCUGGAGGCGGCUGUGUUCUGCACCGCCGAAGACGGGCUGCUCUCCGGCUUCGGACGGACCGUGACAGACGCGCUCAUGGACGGCAGCUGCACUCCCCAGAAUCCGCCCCAGAAGAAAAAGAGUCCAGUUGGCAACUUUGUGGGAAGCAAUGUAGUAUAGUGGAAAGAGCACGGGCUUUCAAGUAAGACCUAGGUUCGAAUCCCGGCUCCAACACUCACCAGCGGUGUGGCCUUGAGUGAGUGAGUUACUCAAUUUCCUCCUCUGUAAACGGGGAUGAUAAUAUACCUAUUGCCUAGGGUUGUUGUGAGGAUUAAAUGAGAUAAUGUUAUGUAAAUCCUAUACAACAAUGCCUGACGUAUGGUAGGCAUUUGAUAAUUGUUAUUUACUGGAAAUCAAAUUAUUUUAGAUAACUUUCCUAAUGUAAAUUUAGUAAUUCUCUUUAGAAAAAAAUAGAUUCAGACCUGUAAGUCAAGAAUAAAAGGUC